AUGUUACAGUGGACAUCCUUCGUUCAGAAGGCGCAGAGCCUGAUUGAUCCCGCCAACUUCAACAUUCCCGUCCUAUCCACGGCCGACCAUAAUCCCUCGAAGGCCUCGCUGUUCCGCCAACAAUUCCGCCUCCCUGAUUCCCAGAACCCACUGCAAGAGAUUACUGCUGAUCUCGUUCUGCCGCUUCCGAACUCAUCGGCGAACCAAGGCGAUGGGUCACGCAAGGCUGACCGGGCCGGAAAUAGAUACAACGGGCGCCUUCAUCUGAGUGAGCGGUUUAUCUGCUUUUCCACCCAGCCGACAAGCUUUGUUUCCUCUGCUACGACAAGUGCUUCAACCACGUGGACCGGCCAGACUCAUGGAACUGGUCCGUCGGGCAAUGGUUUCAUCCUUCCUCUAUCGUGUAUCCGACGAGUCGAGCGUCUCCAUAGCGCCAGCCAUGUCUUCUCCCUGGCGCUCACAACCUGGAAUGGUCUGCUCAACAAGCAGCAAGAAACCAACUUCGCGCCUCAGCGACUCAUCUUGCAGCUUGUCGGUAGCAGACAGGCUUGCGAACGAUUCUGUGACACAUUGAAGAAAGGUCUGCGGGAAGGAAUGAAAGAGGUUGAAAGCCUUCGGACUGUCGUCAACGAUUGCUACUCGGAAUACUUGCUGUCAGGUGCAAAGGGAAAGGGCCAGGAUGGUGCUGACGCCGACGCCCGUCAACCCCCAGAUGCGGGACUGGGCUUGAUUUUCCGCUAUCCUGGCGAUGCACAAAAUGGCCGCAAUGCUACGCUGGUUCGCCAACCAACCUUCCACAAGCUCAUUAGAGUCGGUUUACCGAAUCGCUUGCGCGGUGAAAUCUGGGAGCUUACAUCUGGCUCUCUCUUCCUUCGUCUGCGGUCUCCCAAAUUAUAUCAGGAGACAUUGGCCAAGUUUGAGGGGCAAGACUCCCUUGCUAUCGACGAAAUCGAGAAAGACCUGAACCGCAGUCUGCCAGAAUAUCCUGGCUUCCAGAGUGAAGAGGGUAUUGGCCGCUUACGACGAGUUCUCACUGCGUACAGUUGGACCAAUGCAGAAAUUGGGUAUUGUCAGGCCAUGAAUAUUGUGGUUGCUGCACUGUUAAUCUAUAUGUCAGAGGCUCAGGCAUUCUUCCUUCUCUCUGUCUUAUGUGAUCGUCUCCUCCCCGGUUAUUACUCAACAACCAUGUACGGCACACUGCUGGAUCAAAAGGUGUUCGAGUCAUUGGUUGAGAAAACAAUGCCGGUUCUCUGGGAGCACCUGACCAAGUCUGACGUCCAACUCUCUGUGGUCUCAUUGCCCUGGUUCCUUUCUCUCUAUAUCAAUUCUAUGCCUCUUGUCUUUGCUUUCCGCGUCUUGGAUGUUUUCUUCCUGGAAGGACCGAAAGUUCUCUUCCAGGUUGGUCUUGCCAUUCUUCGGGUCAACGGCGAAGAGCUUUUGGAGACUCAGGAUGAUGGUUCUUUCAUUUCUGUCUUGAAAUCAUACUUCUCACGUUUGGAUGAGUCUGCCCACCCGAGAUCAGAGAACCCCAAGCUCCGGGCCAUUACCCGAUUUCAGGAAUUGAUGGUGGUUGCUUUCAAGGAAUUCUCAGGCAUCACUCACAGUACCAUCACUGAAACGCGUGAAAAGCAUAAGGGUGCUGUGUUGGAGAACAUCGAGACCUUUGCCAAGCGGACUUCUAUCCGCAAUCUUGGUCCAGAGAGCAAGCGCCUGAGCAUAGAUGACCUCGGCACAAUCUACGACCGCUUCUACGAAACUCUGUAUCAAUGGGAACAACACCAGAGAGUUAUUGAGGAGGAACGCAGGCGGCAAGAGAGGAAGAAAUCCGAACGCCUCUCCAUGCUCGCCCCUCCUACGGAUACACAAAUCGGCCGUGUAGGCCUUGGACCCAGCCCUACACAUAUGGACUAUGAUGCUUUCCGGGAGUUUUUGGCUGCUACCUCUAAGUGGGCGGUGGCUGAUUCCCCUGGGCCAUCGAGGAAUGCAUCUUCGUCAGGAAAGUCAGCACUGUGGGCGAACCGCCAACAGCCAGCUGACCAUGAGUUCAUGCAACGACUCUAUCGCAAGUGGGCCACUGAUCCUGAAGAAGGGUUGAACCUCCAGAAUGUCGUGAAUGGUCUAGCGCGUCUCAAGGGAUCACCUGACAUUAUGAACAACAUCAACUACUUCUUCGACUUAUACGAUGACGAUGGCAAUGGCCAAGUCGAUCGUGAAGGGAUACUCAAAAUAUCCGAGGCGCUUUUGUUCCUUUCUCGACGAGGAUUUGAGGGCACUAUUACUGCAACUCAAUCUGUGGAGGACCUGAAUACGCCCAGAGAUCGCGAACUUGCCGAGAAUUCGCUCACUACCGACGAGAAGUUCCUUGGUAGUGUCAGUGCAUUCAUCCGUCGCUGCUUCGAAUAUGCCGAUCCCAGCCACCCUGAGAACCAAAAGGGUGCCCAACAAGAUGCCACAGAAGAAGCAACGGAGAAGCUAGACUCAUUCGCUAUCGGCGACGAUGACGAUGACGAAGGAGAGGAUCUCAUUGAUAUUGAUGAUGGAGACUCCAAGUCCAACAAGUCUCCAGCACCAGACGCAACACUCCAAUCAGCACAGUCCAGCACCGCCGAGUCAAACAGUCACGACCAUAACCGCUCAGCAUCCGAGUCUGCCAACCCAGCUCUCGACCCCAACAAUCCUCUGCACAUCACACUCCCCACUUUCCGAAUGGUCGUCCUCGCCGACGAGCUCCUAGAGAAAUUCUUCGAAUCCUACUUCCCUCAAUCCUUCCACCUCUCUGACCAUCCCCACCCAGCCGCUCUUGCCGCCUCUUCCUCGCUCUCCUCCAACCUCACUACCUUCUCCAACCUCGGCAGCAUCCGUUCCUCCGGACUCGCCGGCUCCUCGGCGGCCCCAGUGGCUGGCGCCUCAGGUGGCAUCGUGCCUCCAGGCAAAGGCCUCCGUGGCGUACUGGACAACAUCGUCACAGACGGAAUCCGCAUGGCAGCCGAAGUCAAAAAGAGAAUGGACGACGCCCAGCGCGAACUGGAGCGGAACGCCCUCGGCCGCGAGGAAGAAGACGAUGAAGAGGAUGAUGAGGACUACCCACGCCGUGAGAAUAGCGCCGCUGUCAUGGCUGGCGGAAUCUCCAGCUGGGGCGCGGGCGCAUAUGGCGCAGACACUGAACGCCGCAGCGUCGUCCGCGAUGCUGACCGUGAUCUCCUUGAAGGAGCUGAGGUUCUUAGCGUCCGCGGUAAGGAUGAGAGUACAUCCCUUCUGGACGGGAAGCAAGACACAGACUCUGGGCCCAGCAAGGCCUCCGACAGUGCUGCUAGUUCCAAGAGCCAUGGUUCGCCUACUGACCAUGAUGGCGAGGUCAUUAGCAAGAUCGUCGAGUUCGAGUCGUGA